AUGGCUCCGACGUUUCGUAAAUUAUGUCUUCUCAGGAGAUCUCAAGUCUCGACCGAAGCUGUGUCUGAUAGUUCUCCUCCAUCCAGUCAACCCGAUUACAGAGCUGAUAUGGCAUUGGCGGCUUCCGAGCUUCCAGCAGACAACGCUGUCGGGAACGCAUCGUUACUCCACGCAGAUGAAACCGGAGAAAAGGACGAGUGGAUCGGAGAACUACAUUUAGAAGCUACUCUAGCUCUUCUUUUACUUCGAAAGACACCUAGUUCCGAGGAUAUCACCUCCUUAAAGGACUCUCUCCUCCAAGAAAGUGCGGCUUUUCGGCACGACGAUCUCUGCCGCCAAUUGCGGAGGGAUGGAGUUCGCCAAUACCAGUCAUCUGAAGCGGGCCACUUCCAAGGACAUAUCAAGUUCAGGAAAGUGUCCCUGGGUUGGAUUGGCGCCAUCCGUAGGCGGGGAACACUUCAUGAACAACAAAUACUCGAGCAUGCUAUUGUCGGCAAUGUGGGCUCAUAUGGCUCAAGGUCGAGCAGCGAAAGUAACGGCACAAAUCCGAUUCAAUCGGGCGUGGCAAUCCAGGAAGAAUCAUCGGGUGACUCGGAUUCGACUGACUCUGAAGUCGAAAUCUGGAGAUACACGAAAGCGCUGCAGGAGAAAUUCGCGGGCAAGAGCGUUGCUCCUGUCUACAAAGACUUGACUCUUCGAGGGUAUCCCCCCAAAUUCGGGUCUGAAGUAAAGUAUCGUGGCAAGACUUUUACUGCAAAGGCGGGGAACAAAAAGCUUGCAAAGCACCGAAGUUCCAAGAAAAUGUGCAAGCACCUUGAACUUAAGGUCGCGGGAUUCUGA